UAAGUCCCAUUCUCUCUUCCUCUGGGCUUUUAAGCGAGGUUGUGCAACAUCAGCAAGAUGCCUUCAUAACCCUAACCCGGAAUGCGAGCCCUUUUGCAUUUUCAUCUGACGUCGGGCAGCAAUGACUCAUCAGGUGGAUUUGUAGCCUUGAGCCAAGAGCUCCCUAGGCUUGCACAACGGUUUCACGGAUAUUUAAGUCGGCGAUUUCCACUCGAAAUAUUUUCAGAUCUCCAACACAAGUUGAUUGUUGCUACAACAUGUAUUUCAUCAAGUCGACGGACAGUUUUCGGAGUUGCGCUGCGAAAGCCGGUCUCAAGAACGAAGAUCUAACCCUGAAAACCGAAGGUCUACUGGCCGUACCAUUGGAGACGCAACGAGAACUACUACGACCCGAGAUUGCAGAGGUUGUCAAGGCAUACAACACCGAGGAAGACAAACGAAGGCGCAUUGAACAACAUGCGAAAUCCCGAGGGAAGACUCUCCGCUUUCGGCGACAAUUGGGAAUUAUCUAUUUGGAAGGGGCCCUACCCCCACGUGGCCGUGUUUAUGUGGUCAUAGUUGUCCCACCACCCCCCCAAGCGCUAAGUGAUGGGGCAACAGCUGCGAGCAGUGCUCUGUCUGGGGGAGCGCAAGAGACCGGUGAUCAUCGGUUUUAUGAGGUCGUGAUCCAGAAGUCGGCUGGUGAGGAUCGGGCGGUCACGCUGCAGAUUGGUGACGUCCUUCAACUUGACGAAGAUGAGAGUAUGAAAGCGGCAGGUGGUGGCAUUGCGUUAAUUGUACUGAACUAUGAUGUGAUUCAAGAAAACCAUGACCACUGAGACGUGGGCUGCAGUGCAGUCAUACUCAGAAGCUCAUGAAAUUCAAUCCAUCAGGCUACAAGUUCUGCAAAAAGGGCACGUCUCCGUCAGGCGGGUAGCCUAUGCUGCCCACUGACAGGCACUGCAUGAAGUCUGAUCUUCCCUCUCGCUCGGACGCGGCCCAGUCGGCUUGGAAGGAGCCUGUGCUGCCGUCUGGAUCGUCACUGAUCGCUGACG